AUGGAAUCUGACCUCGAGGAUGCCGCAAACUUCUGGAAUAACGCGUCAUUGGACCCGCGUUUCCACGCGUCUUCAAACAGCACCAACUCGAGCGGGCCUGGCAGUGCACAGCUCAACCUGAGCCGGGCGCUUCCGGUGGGCAUUAUCCUGGGCGCUUUUAUACUCUUCGCGAUCGUUGGCAACAUCUUGGUUAUUUUAUCUGUGGUGUGCAACAGGCACCUCCGCAUUCCCACCAACUACUUCAUCAUCAAUCUUGCCAUCGCGGACCUGUUACUGGGCACCACCGUGCUGCCAGUUUCUGCCACGUUGGAGAUUCUUAACUACUGGGUAUUCGGGAGGAUCUUUUGUGACAUUUGGGCUGCAGUAGAUGUCCUGUGUUGCACCGCGUCCAUCAUGAGCCUGUGCGUAAUUUCUAUAGACCGGUACAUUGGGGUCCGCUAUCCUUUGCAGUACCCGAGCAUAGUGACAGAGAAGAGAGCGAUCCUGGCCAUGCUCGGGGUUUGGAUCCUGGCUCUGAUCAUUUCCAUCGGACCUUUGCUUGGAUGGAAAGAGCCGCCGUCUGAAGAUGAGACCAUCUGCCCGAUAACAGAGGAACCGUUUUAUGCGCUCUUCUCCUCUCUGGGUUCGUUCUACAUCCCACUAGCAGUGAUUCUGGCCAUGUACUGUCGGGUUUACAUCGUCGCCAAAAGGACCACUAGGAAUUUAGAAGCAGGGGUAAUGAGGGAGCGCAGUGACUCCAGUGAGCUCACGUUACGAGUGCAUUACCGAGGGUCUCAGAUUCAGGAGGACUGUAGCGGAAUCAGCAAAGGCCAAAUGAGGAGUUCACUUAGUGUCAAACUACUCAAGUUUUCCAGAGAGAAGAAAGCUGCCAAAACUCUCGGGGUGGUAGUGGGCAUGUUCAUCUUGUGCUGGUUACCAUUUUUCCUCGUACUACCCAUCGGUUCUUUCAACACCAAUCUGCGGCCUCCAGAGACGUUUUUUAAGGUGAUCUUCUGGCUUGGCUACUUCAACAGCUGCCUGAACCCCAUCAUUUACCCAUGCUACAGCCGUGAGUUUAAACAGGGCUUCAUUCGCAUCCUGCGUUGUCAAUGUCACCAGAGAAAAGGCUGGAGACCCUACAACUACCGAACCCAUAUAGGCUUUGCCAUGGACAACAGCUCGCUUUGCAUGAAUGGCCAUAAUGCCUCUCCUAACCCACAAGGUCAGAGCAGAGGCACCGGCUACCGUACGUCAUCAGGGCUCUUACCGGGCUGGAGUUCCUCCUCCAACACAUCUCUGUCUAGCAGCAGUUUUCCAGGUAAUUACAGAGGAAGCCAUGCAGGCAUGUGCCAGGUUUUAAACAAACAGAGCAAGAUGACUCUGCUCGUCCAUGAUGGAGCUUUAACAAAAGGACCACGGCAUAUCAAUGGACAGAACUGUAAAGAAGAGGUGGGACCAAGUGGAAAUACUAAAUCUGCACCUGAAAGUACAAUGUAA